AUGAGCUCCUCGGUUGAUGACCUUGUUGUGCCCAUCUCGGCCAUGGCUAUCUUUAGUGACCACGGAUGCGCGGCAAAGCUUAAGGAGUCUGCGCACGGUGGCAGGGCCGGAGACGAGGUUUCCGAGCCAGACCCUCUUGUGGCGGCGGUGCGCCAGCACGGCCUUGCUGCAGCGGGAACCGAUGUGUUUGACGGCGUCGAUGUGGAGAUGGAGGUCGACAACGAGUGCAUGGACGACGGAGCCCUCACGAUUCUUGCUGCGGGCGUCAUCCACGUGAGCAUCUACACGGAUACCGACAAGGAAAAGAGUCAUUCUUUCCCGGGCGGCGGUGACCUCUACCUGGCAAACCUCAAGUUCGAGCACAUGCCCGAGCAUGCCAUUAAGGCUGGCCGCUACUUUGCUUCAAAGUGGGAGCCGGACUUUGUCGUGCUCUGCAAGCGCGGCUCCAAGGUCGAGAUCACGGUCUGCGACGCCAAGGCGUCGUCGGUCUCCAAAGCCUCCCACAUUGUUCAGGUCUCAGUCUACGCCAAGCUGCUGGAGGCGAUGGUGAAGUUGAUCAAGGUCGAGUCCAACGGUUGCAUGGUCAGUCUCAGCGAGCUGGUCUCGUUCUCCGACACUGGUCUAGUGUGGCGGCCUAACGGAGUCGACACCUUCAGCCUGAAGGCGAUGUGGCCGAUGGUCGAGGACGAGAUUGCUGCCGGGGCGAUGCCAUUAGCGGCCUUGACCUGCCGCGAGCUGGCCAUCGCAAACGACUCGAUCAUCAAGGUACCGUACAUUUCUGGACACGAUGCGGACAAGAUCCGCAGGGUGCACGGCGGAGACGAGGGCUCGUUCACCUUUGCCCUGGAGAAAAAACUUGUGCCGGACGCCUUUAGCGAUGCGUACGAGCACAAGAAGGCGGUCGUGCUCGGACAGCAUGUGCGGUCGACCCUUCUCCCGGCUGGGUCAGAGUCGUGCUUUACAGUGGCAGUCACUAUCUUGCGCGAGCCCCAGAAGGAUGGCGCGUACGGAUGGUGCGUCUUUGACGGGCAUGGGAUCCCGUUUGCGACCGUACCUUACAGCGGCGACUUUGUCCCUUUGGACUCGCGCGCAACCGCCAGUCUAUCAGAGGCUCACAAGGAGCUGGUGGUGGCCCUGGCGGGCGUGCUGAGGGACAAGGUCCAUGCGCAGGUUGUGGUGCCAACGCAGCACGAGCGCGAUCUCCUGUUCCAUGUGGUGAAGACGACGCUGGCAAAGGCAAAGCCAGGGUCGGAGCUGGCGGUCGCCGCCAAGUUCCUCGUCACCAACCUUGUGCGCAACAUCGAUGCCGCCGAGUUUACCACCGACUUUAACCCACUGGUCGGUCUUGAGGGGAAGCAGAUCGAGGCUGCGAGUGAGGCGAUGGAGGCUUCGAUGGCUCCGGUGGUGGUGGUGCUGGAGGCUGCAGUUCGCGAGCUUGUUGCCCUGCCUGUUCCCGGCAUUUACCUGUUGAGUGACAUGGUCACAUACCUGGUGGCAGCGGGCAAUCUUGCCCUCGAUCCUGAUUUUGCCUCCGAGUGCGCGUUGUACCAGAUGUGCUCUUCUGGCCAGUUCGGAGGGGCCAAGAAAGUGCUACUGGCUAGGACCCGAGCUCUCCUCUUGGUUUUGGCUGGCUUGCGGGAGCUGUCCGAGGGAAGCCCGUUUGUGCACAGCCCGCCGCGACUUGUGCCUUGGUCCUCCAUCACCCCUGGUGCACCGGGCGUGCUUGAUCAGGCGGCCUUUCAUGUGCGGAUGGAGCUCGCCACCGGGCUGUGGAGUGCGCGGACGAAGCGGCUACAGACGCUGGGUGGUAAGCUAAGCGGGGUGCCCUCGCCAGAGCCGCCAACCGCGCUUGGCGAGAGCACGUACCCGGAGACUCUCUCGCAAGGCGCGGCGCCGGCCCAACACCAGUCCGGCAACACACUGCCUAACUCGACAGUGCCGCAGGCCGAGUUGCCUGCGCCAACGCUGCCGCGUGUCAUCAUGGGCAACGUAGUGGGCAUUCGCCCAGUCUGCAACGCCACCAGCACCCUGGAGAUUGAGGUCACGCAUGGCCACGAGCAUGUACGCAAGGACAAGUUGCGGUCCCGGCUUGUGUACCCGCGCAUGCUAGCUGGCGAGAACUCGCUGUUCAAGGAUGCCCUCCAUGUCAACAAGGCUAAGAUGACCUCCCUAGUCGACCUGUCGUUGGCAAGCGCAGGGAUCGGGUCAACGAACCCUGAAGAGGGCAACAUCUUGAUGAAAUUUCCACGCCAUCCGCACCUGGAGAACCUCAAGUGCGGAGUGCCAGUGGUCAUUGAGCCGCGGGUCAUCGACUUUGCGUCUGCCAAGAUCCUUGCCCAGACUGCCAAGGGCGUUGAGGAGAACCACGUGUUUGUGGAGCUUGUGCAAGACCCGAAGGAGUGGAUGGCAGGCGAAGCGCUGCCCGUGCUCGGUCUGGACACAGAGAUCAGUGAGCUUGUUGACAGCAGCGGCCUCGACGAGUCACAGAAGAACGUCAUCAAGCGUGUGUUGUCGACUGAGAGUGGAAAGCUGACGGUGUGCCACGGACCACCGGGCACCGGCAAGACACAGGUCAUUGUGCAGCUGAUGAUGAUGGCUGCAGAUCUGGCGUGCAAGUCUGGCAAGAAGCUGCGGAUUUUGUACAUGGCGGCGACAAACAACCCGCUCGACGAUGGGUUGAAGAAGGUUCAGCAGGCGCUGAAGAGAAAGGGAGGCCUCGCGACAAAGGUCAAGGCAGCCAAGCUCAGGAGCCAGCUUCCGAUCGGAAACCACAAGGUGGUUAUCAUGUUUGCCACUCCGUACAAGGCGGCCACGUUGUUCGAACGCUCCAUGCACAAGGUCGACCUGCUGAUCGUGGAGGAGGCGUCGCAGCUGCCGGUGACGAUGGGCAUUCUGGGCCUAGCACAGCUCAAGCCGGAGGGGCGACUCUUGGUGGUUGGCGACCACAAGCAGCUGCCGCCUGUCCUGUCUUGCAAGCCGAUUGAGCCGGCGGCGGUGCCACUGGCGACUUCACUGCUCGAGUGUGUGGUCCGCAACGAUAACAACGAGCCGUUUCUGGUCUCGGAGCCCAAGGUCGGAGACUCAAAGUGCGACUACUUGCUCUCGCUGAAAACCAACUACCGCACCAACAAGGUUCUCGGCCAUUUCCACGCUGAACACUACACCAACUACCAGAACGCGAACGGUUUGUCUGACAACGAUGGGCAGCUGUGGGACGACAACCUGCUUGCUUCCGGGCUCGACUCGAGCGUCGUCGGAGUCAAGCUUUCACAGGAGAUUGCUGCGACGCCAGAGGCUGCGGCUGCGGCUGAGGCCAAGGCUGUGGUCCAAGUGGUCUCGUCGAUUGCGGCAGCGGCGACGGCGAGCCUCAAGGGCGAGAUCAUGAUUGUGACGCCGUUCCGCGCGCAGCGCGCCAAGGUGCUCGCCGAGCUGAAGGCGGCGGUGAGCACGGACGACUUCAAGUGGCUCGGCGAGGUAGUGGACACGGCUGAGGUGACGCAGGGCCGCGAAGCCGCUUUGGUCAUUGUCUGCUGCGCUUUUACGGCCGAGUACAUGGCUCGGCGGGCCGAGUUUGUGUACUCGGUGCGGCGGCUCAACGUGGCAACGUCGCGGGCCAAGCGCAAGGUGGUUGUCAUCUUCACCGACGCACUGCUCAAGCCACCACUCCAGUCGCUGGUCAAGAAGGACACCCAGGACGGUCAUGCAUACAUCUCGCGGCUGCUUCGGUCGGGGAGUGUGGUGGAUGCAGAGAACCUGGAGUCUCUGCCGGCAGGUCGCAAGAUCACGCUUGACCGCAGCCGCAAGCGGUCCCGCGAGGAUGGCGAGUGGGACGACGCCGACGCCGACGCCGACGAUUCGUGGGUCGCCGGGCCGUCGCUCAAGAGAAGCAAGCCAUGAUUGAAGGAUACAGGAGGUG